ACACGCAUAAUUAUGAAUCAUCUUCUUCUUAUACUCGCUCUUAUCCUCCUCAUAACCCUCCUGAAACUCGCGUACUCAAUCAUAUGCGUCCCACUAAGGAUUCAGAGCCAGUUCUCGAAGCAAGGCGUGCGGGGUCCAAGGUACAGACCGAUCUUCUUCGGGAACACGAAGGAAAUCAUACGAAUGUUCGAGGAGGUUAAGGCUAAGCCGAAGUCAACUCUGGUUGAGAAUGACGUCGUCGAAUACGCGGCCCCAUUCUACCGGCGGUGGUCCCGCAUGUACGGUGAGAGUUUCCUGUACUGGUAUGGGACGACGCCUCGGGUGGCGAUAUCCGACCCGGAUUUGAUAAAAGAGGUGCUUAUGAACACCAGUGGGUCCAUUACCAAGAUUGGGUUUAACCCUUCGAAUAGGCAACUCUUUGGGCAGGGACUCGCUGGAUUGGAGGGCCAUAAAUGGGCAUUGCAUAGGAGGAUCGCUGUGCAGGCCUUCACUAUGGAGCGAGUAAAGAGUUGGGUUCCAGAUAUAGUAGCUGGUGUUGUGAAGAAGCUCGAAAAGUGGGAGGAUAUAAGAGAAGGAAGAGAGGAAUUUGAGUUGGACGUGCACAAAGAAGUUCAUGAGCUUUCGGCAGAUAUCAUAUCAAGAACAGCUUUUGGAAGCAGUUUUGAGGAAGGGAAGCGCAUAUUCAGCUUGCAAGAAGAUCAAUUGCUUCAUUUCUCCAAGGGAUCAAAAAAUGUAUAUAUUCCUGGAUUCAGGUUUUUGCCUACCAAGGACAACAGAGAGAGAUGGAGAUUAGAGAAGGAAACUCGGGACUUGGUGAGGAGGUUGAUCAUGACAAGCAGCAAAACAAGAGAGAAUUCCAGGAUUCUACUUAGUCUGCUUAUGGCUUCUUAUGAAAAUCAGGAAGGCAAUGUGGAGAAACUAGGGGUUGAGGAAAUCAUAGAUGAGUGCAAGACCUUUUACUUUGCAGGAAAGGAAACAACUGCUAAUCUCUUGACCUGGGCUCUUCUCCUUCUAGCACAACAUGAGGAAUGGCAAAACAAGGCUAGAGAAGAAGUAGUUCGUGUCUUCGGAUUUAAUGGACUUCCACUUGCAAAGAAUCUAAACAACCUUAAGCUUGUGACAAUGAUAAUAAACGAAGCACUUAGGCUCUAUCCGCCUACCAGUGUUAUGAUGAGGAAAACGUCUAAGAGAAUCAGGCUAGGAAAUGUCGACAUUGCUGCUCAUACGCAGUUUCUUCUGGCCAUGGUUGUUGUCCAUCGGCGUACUGAGAUAUGGGGAGAAGAUGCCAACAAGUUCAAUCCAUUGAGAUUUACCGAGCCUCGGAAACAUCUAGCCUCGUUCUUCCCAUUCGGAUUGGGUCCUCGAAUCUGCGUGGCACAAAAUCUGGCCAUGGUUGAGGCCAAGAUAGUCUUAGCCAUGAUCAUUCAAAAUUAUUCUUUCAGGUUGUCGCCAACAUAUGUUCAUGCCCCUAUUCUGCUCGCAACUUUACAACCAACAUAUGGUGCUCAAAUCCUCUUUAAGAAGAUUUCUUUAACUUGAAUGUGUCUUUGUAGAUUUAGGUGCUAUAAAUAAC